AUGUCAUCUUUCUUCAAAUAUUCUGCGGUCCUGCGGAUCAUCAAGGCGCGUGAGUACUGUCACAGAUUGAAGAAAGAGAAGAAGAAGAUGUUCAAAAAUAAUGCAGAUGACACUAAGCUGGCAGAGAAGAAGGGAAUUAAAGCCUUGUUCAGAUCUCAAAUGUGCUUCAUGAUUCAGAAUAUUGAGAAGACAGCUCUGCUCUCUGAGCAUGUCAAUCUGCUUGUCACUGAGAUAGAAUCUGAGACAGCAGACCAGAAAAUGCAGGAUUUUGAGAUACAGAUUGAUCUGACUGAGAGGAAGCAGCAGAAACCCUUCUCUGAGAAGGCAGCAGAGAGAGAUUUUAAGAUGAUUAUCAUCUCAGAUGAGAAGAAGAAGAAGAAGAAGAAUGAGAAGUAA